UUCUUGGUAUUGCUGCAGCUAUUUAACAGCUGGAGGGAAUUACAAGCAUACUUAUGUCAGGUUAGGUUGUCCUCAUGAUCCGUCUGUGUGAUCACAGCAUCCAAGCAGCAAAGGUGGAGAGAAGGGCUAUGCUAUCUGACAUUAAGUAUGGGCAAAAAGACAUCAUUAGCUUCCGCUCCAGAACAGCAGCCGCAGCCUCGCCCCUAUCAAGGUGUCCGUGUCAAAGAGCCAGUGAAAGAGCUAUUGAAAAGGAAACGGGGAAAUGUUCAAAAUGCCAGUGCAACGGCAGGUACAACGGUUGUUUUGCCCCAUCAGCCACUUCCUUCCUAUUCACCAAUGGGCCAGCCUUGCAUUGAUAUGGAUGUUGCUGCCUCUGCAUUGCCUGUCACAGAUGAAGGAGCACUGUGUUCUGGCUGGAUCUCCCAGCCCUCUCCCACAUCGUUACAACCUUUAACUCAGUGGACCACUUACCCUGAUUAUGUGUCCCACGAAGCAGUCAGCUGUCCAUACACAGCAGAUAUGUAUGUUCAGCCUAUGUGUCCCAGUUACACACUGGUUGGACCUUCAUCUGUUCUGACUUAUACUUCUCAACCGCUGAUCACCAAUUUUGCACCCCGAAGCACCACCCCCGCUGUAGUGCCUCAGCUCGAGGUGACGGAUCAGCAGCCACCCCUCACAUACUUCCCAUGGGCACAGCCCCUCUCUGCACUGCCAGCCUCCACUUUGCAGUACCAGCCAGCUUCUUCCACGCUUUCGGGGCCGCAGUUUGUGCCCUUGCCAAUCUCCAUUCCUGAACCAGCCCCCCAGGAGCUGGAGGAUGCCAGACGAGUCAUCGGCACACUGCCUAUUGAGAAGCUGCUUCUAGAAGAUGAAGACAAUGAUACAAUUCUACAUAUUUAUGCAGCUAAAGGUAUGAGGGCGUAUACAUUGGCAGCUGCAGAGCGCAUGAAACUGCUGCGAAGACUUGAUGCCAAGGAACACAGAGGAAAGACUCCUCUGCUGGUGGCCGUCACUGCCAGGCAGCCAGCUAUUGUCUAUGAUUUGAUCCUGACAGGAGCAGAUGUCAAUGCUGUGGACAACAAAGGGCAGUCAGCUUUACACCUUGCUGCAACAUAUGGGUAUGCCCAAGUUCUUCAGGUUAUACUGUCACUAGGUUUCCCUCUUGAUUUAGAAAUGAAGGAUUUUGAAGGCCAUACCCCGCUCCACUGUGCUGUCCUGGCCCACAAUGCCCUGCUCCGGGAGCAGGGUUGCCAGACAUUGAUGGAUGAGCAGCAGAAAGACCUUCAGCACCAGAGUGAAGAGCUGGAGUCCUGUAUCCAUCUCCUGGUGCAGACAGGAGCCUCCAUCUACAGCCGGGAUGUGAAAAGCAACAAGACAGUUCUUCAUUAUACAGUCCAGGAUGGAAACAUCUCCCUGCUUAGAUACUUCUUGGAGCUGAAUGCUUUCAAGUCCAGGGACUUUGUCAACAAUAAGGCACAUGGCAACACAGCUUUGCAUAUGGCAGCUGCAUUGCCUCAUGACAAGAACCAGAAAGAAAUCGUCCAGUUGCUCCUUGACCACGGGGCAGACCCGAGCAUCCGAAACUUAGACAACGAUCAGCCAAUCCACAUGGCUCCUUCUGGAAAAGCUGGGGAUCAGGUUAGGCAUUUGCUGAAGAAAGGGAAAGUUGCAUCUGCAUUCAUAUCCUGUCGCCGAAAUGCCAGAUCCUAGGUUGCCUGUGAUUUCUGGAAUGGCUUCAAUUUCAGCUUGCUGAUUGCACAAGGCCUCUUAGAAAAACUGUGAGGAUGGUUAACCAACACAUCCCUGCUUCUGGAGUGUUUAACCAGGGUGGGAUGGCAGUGUUUCUCAACAUGUGGACCACAAGUAGCACGUAAGAUAUCAGAAGAUGAGCUUUCAAAUGGUUGAAAACUUUAUUUUGUUAACAAAUAAUACUAAUAAAUCUCAAGAAUUUGCUUGCAAGUAAGGAGGCAAGCAAAGCAAAUGGCUGUUACAUAAAUAAGCAAAUGUUCAAAGUACAGCCAGCCUUUGAUUUGGUGGCAACCAAAACUCAUGGUGAUGACAGAACACAAGCUGGUAGUUUGUCUUCAAAAGUUUGAGUAUUACUGCUCUAGGACAUAUUUGAACUGUGCCUCUUGUUACGUCCUGUACAGAGGUACUGGUUGAAAGGCUGAAGCCUUUGUGAUGUGCAAUUACCUCCAUUGUUCCUGCUAGCCUGGGAAUGCAGGAACCUGAGGGGAGGGAAAAGACUGGAUGGAAGAGGUCAAGUUAGCCUGAGGAGUCAUCCACAGCUGUAUUUCACCUGAGAGAAUGGACACCUGAACUCAAAAGAUCCAAGUUGAGGGUUCCUGCAAGCUGCUACUACCCCAUUUCUUAGCACUUUGUGGAAGAAAGCUGAAGCAGCUGUCCAUUGCCACAGUCUCUCACCCCACCCCAACAAAGAGGAGAUGCUUAUAAGAGCAAGUAUAUGGGGCAGGUUCUCAGCAGCGCAGGUUCCUGUGGCUUCUGAGUGCUUCCCGGUGAAGGGAUUCCUCUUUGAGACAUCUGAUCCAAUCCAAGUCUCCAGCUCUGAUGGCAAAGAAUAGCUCUGGAAGCACCUCAGACUGGGGAGCUGAACCCUCACCUGAGCUAACGACAGAUCCUUUGGGUCUUCAACAGCUUUUAGGCACGGACAGGGUAGAAAACCUUUGAGCCGUGUGAGCCUGUACACAGCAGGGUCAGAGUGCAAUGUGGAAGAAGAAACUUUUCGUGUUGCUGAAAACCUGACACUCCUCUCACUCCUACGGAUGCUGCCAGGAGAGUGAGAACAGCUAACUGCUGGAGCUCAGCAAAGUGCCUGUAAGGGCAAUCUGACCCUCUAGCUCCAAUUGGACCCACAGACUGCAGCCUGGAGAAGGUGAUGCCAGCAGUGUUAUUCCCUAGGCAAUGAGCAUCCCUUCCUGAAGGGGAUCUCGCUCCUGAACAGGGUAAUAUGUACCCUGCUGGCCUCACGGCAUCCUCAUCUGGAUUUCAUGGGUUCCUCUCAGAUGUGUAACAAGGCAGAAAGAGCUGUACCAUCAUCAGCAGAAAUUUUCAGGUUUGGCUUUUUUCAGUGUGUGGAGGCAGCUUAUCUUGCCUGCCCUAAUCUCUGGGACCUCUUCAGGACAACGCAUGCCUUUCACAGAUCACAAAGCUCUUAUCUCUCGUCAGUAAGUUCCCUGGCCUUCAUAAGUCCCCCAGAUGGGACUUCCAUCCUCUUUUGCCCAGGAAGAGUUAUCCUGAAGGGGCGGCGUCUCAGAGGACUGCUCUGGUGAGAGGUGGCUCAUCCUGGAGGACAGUUUUAGCAGCUUGACUGCAUCUCCUCAUCUGUCAGUGGCCCCAUUACUCCCAAUCAGCCUGGAAGCGAAGUGCUGCUGCUUGGUAAAGCCCAAGGACGGCAUGGUACAUUCUUUCCCUGAUAUUUCCAUGAGGAUGCAUCUUUAUGCUUGUGAAAAGUCAAGGUGCUGAAACUCACCUGUUUCCAUUGUCGUCACUGCCGACAAGUCCCAGCUCUCAGAUUCUGCAGGACUUUGGAGAAGGGCCGUCCCUCAUGAGCUUCCCGGAGCAGAGUGAAGACAGUGCUCAUACUCCACUGGUAAAGUUUCAGCUGAGCCUGAUGAAAAUGUUUUCUACAAUUUAAUGAUGUCUCCACAAUACAUUGUUUGGGAUUUGCUUAAAUGCAAAUCUCUUGAUGUGUGUUUUACACCAAUUUGCAUGGUCAGCCUGGAUCAUUCCCGAAGAGUCUCUUUCCUGUCUGAGCUGACAUUUCAUGGAUGAAAACUGAGCUGAGGUUUACUGAUAGAAAAAUUUUGGGUUAAAGUGAAAAGCUGGUAAGUCUUGCAGUAAUGAGCCAUCUCCUUACAGGUGAGAAACCUGUCUGGAAAAAAAAGGCUUGGGACAAGAGCAUCUUCUCAUGUGUAAGUGUCAGAUACCUGUGUGCUGUUGAAGAUGCACACAGCAGGCGUUACUUGGUGAGUAGUACCGUCUCUCUGGGACCCCACAGGCUAGCUUGUGCAUUACACAAUUAAAACUAGAUCUUUGGACACUGUGAACCCAGGAGGCUUUGCAUGGCAUCCACUGGCACCUGUGGGGAGAGGGGUAACACUCAGCCAGGGACAGCAUGCUCAUGGGACCAGCAGAAACAUCCUUUAGCAAACCCACAUGCUCCUGGGGAGGAGGCCUGGGUUUGGCUCUCUGUUAUCAAGCAAGGGGACCCCUUUCUGAAAGCCUGAGGUUAGUCUCCAGUGAGGUGCCAGCAGGGAAAUCAGGAGCCAGGAAAGGACCUGUUCUUACACUGCUGCUGGACCCAUAUUAAAGGGACCUUUGGCCAGGCGUGCUAUAGCCAGUCCUCUGUUCCCAACCACCAAAUGGUAGUAAGCCUGUUUCUGCAAUAUCUGAACCAACAAGCAGAGUUAAGCCUUUAAAUUAUUCUUUAAGCACCAUAACUUAUAUCCUAGUUCUGAAACAUAUCAGUGUUUGCUCUAAGAGAGCCAUUUCCCCUGCAACAUGGCUAGCACAACCUAUCAAUAUAGUGAGGACAUGCUAUGGUGAGGCAGAUGAUCUCUGGAGUGGUUUCUGUACAAGCAGAGUGGGCUGCUGUGCAGUAUUGCUGUGCUCAUCUUACAUGAGCAGGACAAGACUGGCGCCAAUAUGUUCUUCAUAAUUGAAUAUUUCUCCUCUUGUGGAGUCUGCUGCCAGCUUGCGGGUCUAUUAGGUAAGAUCCAUCCCUCUUUGCAAUUCCAUGCACUUUCCCCAGCAUUGGCCCGGAGAUUAAUUUGGCCUGUUAUGUGAACAACCUUCCUGGGGAAGGCUAUUGGUUUGUUAAGUGUAAUUAUUCUUUUCCUUCAGAAGAAAAAUAAAAUACAGAGAGCAGCAGCUGGCAAAGACUGCAUCUGCUGAGGCUAUCAAGGCAAGUGGAAAAGGCAGAGCUGAAGUAACAUCCUGAAUAAUUUCCAAUAUUCUUAACUUGCAGAAUGACUCAGGUACUCUGCCUGCUUAGACAGGGAGCUCAGGACCAAGAAGACAUCACACAAUCAAGCUCACGGAAGACUCUAGCUCCUGUAUACAGAGUCUUUCACCACAUAUACGAACCCUCUUAUAUAAGACAAGUCUUACUUUGGCCCGUCCAUUCCUGGCCACUCCCUCCUGGUACCCGCAGGUGUCUCAGAUUUGGCUGACAGGUAAUAGAAUGGGCAGAAAGCACCAGGUGGGUCAGGGAAGUGGAGACAGAUGUAAAGUCGCAACAGAAGAGGGCUGUCUUUGCUUUGUCAGCAAUAGGUUUGUUUUGCCACCUGCCUCCUGGCAGACUUCCCAGAUAAUUUUGUCUCCUGUACCAGAUGUUUAUAUACUUUGUUUAGGAUAUACAGGUUAAAUCCCAGCCCCAUUCAAGCUAAUAGCUUUGCACUGUCUAGCCAGUCCAGGUGUUUUCUAUACUGAUUAUAAAAUAACUACAUAGAAAACAACAGAUCCAGCAGAAAAUAAUUAAACCGAGAUAAAAUGUCAGCCAGCCUUCUUUUAGAUGAGAUCCAUCUCUUAGCUUACAUUUUCAUUUGAAAAAGCAUCAGACCCAGAUUCUCUAUAUGAUUUCAUGAAUUUGGGCAUGUACUUUCCAUUCAGAUCAGAAGGGAGAGCAGGUGUAUAUGACUGAAGCAAUUGUCUAUUGGCAAGACACACUUUGCGGCACAUUUUGUACAAUUUCAUUUGGUUUUAGCAUGGCAUUUGCCUGUGCCAAAGCAAACUUUCUGAGCAUUGUGUCUCCAUUUUGUGUUAAAAAAAAAAAAAUCCUGGAACAGCAGAUGUAGCAGUUACCGUAUAUUUGUUUAGUUCAAACUGUCAUUUCAAUCCAUCUUCUCAUAACAGAGUAAAGAGAAUAUCUUGCAUUAUCUCACAGCAGGGACUGCAAUACUGAUGGGUUUUUUAUUUGGCACUUGGCCGGGACACCCAGUUGUGUAGGUUUCGCCUCCGCAGCUUUUGUGCUGCGAGGACCCUCUUGUUUAUGUGAGGAACAACCCUGGAGGCACCAGAAAUUAAAGUAUGUGGUAGUAGCAAAGCCUGUGCUAGUCUUCGCCCUCUACCACUGCCAAGCCAGGUCCGUGCCAGAUGUUGUAAUAAAAAAAGUGGUGCCGGCUCCCGGGAUACGGGUUUCCCAAAACCAAACGCAAGUUAGUCCCGCCGGUGCCUGAAAGGACACCACUGGCGGGUCAGCCCCAAACCGCCCAGGAACCUUUGUGAGGUAGCGCCGCUUCCCAGCGGGCCCUCUGGGCAGCUGCACGCCUGCAGCCGGUUCCUGCGCGGGGAUUGGUCAUCG